ACGCCCAGUGCUUUGAUGGGAAAAAAAGCAACUUGGGAAGAUUGGAAUUCGCAGAAGAGGCAUUUUUAAAGGCAUUGUACUGGCUUAAGUUAGAAGAGGCAAGAAUCAGCAGAAGUUUCCUUACAAAACUAGUUACAAAUAUGGAGGGUGCCAUUAAAACAGUUGUUAUGCAGUUCCUGUCUUCAGCACGGGGAAAAGAGAGCCUGGGUGGGAAGAGCUUCCAAAAGUUAGUUCAGAGUCAGCUGGGAAACAUCCUGGGUGACACUGACAGCUCUUCAGCAGUGAAGGACAUGAUGAAAGGCCUGGAUGACAACCAGGACGGGAAGGUCAGUUUCCAGGAGUACCUGACGCUGGUGGGCUACCUGGCCAACUCACUGAGUGAGCAGAAAGCACAGAGCAGCGCAGCCGGUGGACCAUAAGAAGCCCAAAAAGCAUUGAUGACACUUGGGUUGAUGACACUGACAAUCAUUUGUAAUGCUGGAGUCUUGCACCAGUAAUGAGAGACUGGGGAUAGUUGUCACCAUUUUUUUACUUAUUAAAAAGUUUUCAAGGUAGCUUGCUUUAAAAAAAAAAAAAGGUCAAACCAUUGUUUUGGCCAAAACACACUGUAUUAAUAAAUUGUGUAAAAUUACCGUAAAUUUACAUACAUAACAAAACACAACUCCUUUAGCCCUUGUGACUUCCUGUUGUAACAACUAGCCUUGGUCUCCAAUGCAAUAUGAAAUCUGCAAUGAUCUGAAAACACUUUUAAAGUCUCUGAUAUUACAAUGAAAUUAUAAAUCUGUUUACAUGUACUCGCAUUAAUGAAUUUAUAAAACAAUGUCUGACCUGUGGCCAUGUACAAGUGUUAAAUCAAGUAACUUUUUGUUGCAUAAAUGUUUGCUUUUUUUUGUUAUUUUUGCUUUCAAUGUAAACAGGUGUUUUCAUAUAUGAUUUAAUUGUUUUACUGGGAACGAAAUAGGCUUGAUUAGUGCUUAAAACAAGGCAUAACUGGUGAACGCAAGCCAUCAAAUAUACUAAAAAGAGAGUCAAUGUCAAUGUUGUACACAUCAGAUUUGUCCAUUUAAAAAAGUUAAAUUUUACACAACUGGAGAAAUGUUUUUGUAUAACCUUUCAAUUAAAAUAUGGAAAUAAUGA